AUGUCGAAUUUCUUCGACAACAAAGCCCGCGCUGCCGCUGCUAAGUCCGACACGAAGCCAAAGUCAUCUGCGGAACACACAGUCGCUGCGAGGGCACAACCCUGGGUCGAAAAGUAUCGACCAAAAAGCUUGGACGAGGUGAAAAGCCAAGAGCAUGCCACUGAGACCCUUCGCCGUAUGGUAAACGCCAACAACCUACCACAUCUGCUCCUUUAUGGCCCUCCAGGCUCGGGCAAGACGUCGGCUAUUCUCGCACUAUGUCGAGAACUUUUUGGGCCAGAAUUGUACUCGAGUAGGGUCUUGGAGCUUAACGCUUCCGAUGAACGGUCAAUAACGGUGGUUCGGGAGAGGAUCAAGACCUUUGCUGCGUUGCACCUCGUCAACGCACCUACAUCUAAGGAGUACAGGGAGCGCUACCCAUGCCCAAGUUUCAAGGUGAUUGUUCUUGAUGAGGCCGACCAGCUAUCUCAAGAUGCUCAAGGAGCGCUCCGCCGAGUGAUUGAGAUUCAUUCCAAGAUCACAAGAUUUGCCUUGUGCUGCAAUUACGUCAGCCGAGUGAUCGCACCGCUUGCGAGUCGGUGCUCGAAAUUUCGAUUCAAGGCCCUUGAGGGACCGCAAGCGAUAGGUCGAGUCGCGGACAUUCUGAAGGCCGAAAAUGUCUCCUAUGAUCAAGGCGUCAUAGAGAGGUCUCUGAAGGUCUCUGAUGGUGAUCUGCGUCGUGCCAUCAAUCUGCUACAAAGUGCAGCCCGCCUCGUUGGAGCAGGAAUCCCUGCUUCUAAUGGUCACACAUCAAAGUCGAUCUCAGACGACUCUGAUGAGAACAUGGGUGAUGAUGACAAUGUCAAGCCCGUGAAUGCUGUCAACAUCAAAGUCGCUGACAUUGACGAGAUCAGCGGCGUCUUCCCAAUGGCCUUGACUGACCAUCUCUUGAAGACUUUGCAAAAAGGCAACACUCGCAAUUACAACUCCAUCGCAAAAGAAAUUGCUGACAUCACUGCCUCGGGCUAUUCUGCCAAUGAGGUGCUCUUGAGCCUCUAUAAUAAGAUCGUCUUCGAUGAACUGGUCGACAACAAGAAGAAAUACCAGUUGACUCAGAUCUUCUCAGACUUCGAUCGUCGUCUUAUUGAUGGUGUUGACGAACAGCUUUCUGUGCUCGAUUUAUCCUGCCAAAUUGCAGGCGUCCUGGCAAAGUGA